GCGGGUCCAGGAGGGAGAUUUAAGCGGCUGCGGGACCCGGCGGGAUGUCAGCGGUGAAGUCUCCAGCCCAAAGAGCCGCAGCGGCCGCAGAGGAGGAGAACGCGGAGCCUGCCGGACAGACGGACGGACGCGCCCCCUGCCCAGCUCCCGCUGCCUCCUAGGAGCUCGCUGUGCAUCCCGGUCCCUCCGGAGGGUCCCCGAGAGCCCCGAGCCGAGAUGGAAACGGUGCAGGAGCUGAUCCCUCUGGUGAAGGGGAUGAUCGGCCAGAAGCCGAGCCGCCGGCUGGUGAAGGUGUACGUGCUGGGCGGCGUGCUGGCCCUGUUCGGCGUGGUGCUGGUGCUGGUGGAGACUGUGUGCGGCCCCUUCACGGCCGCCAGCCGCCUGCGGGACGAGGAAGCCGCCGUGGCCGAGCUGCGCGCCGCCCGGGAGCGCCAGGCCCUGCACACGCAGGCCCUGCAGGAGAAGGAGAAAGGCAAGCAGCACGACGCCGCCCUGGGCAGCCGGGCCCUCGCCCACCGGCAGCACGCCUCCUAGAAACAAACUGUGGGAGCCAGGAUGGGCGAGAGGAGAAGGAAAGAGAGCAAGCAGGAAAGAGACAGAGAGGAGACGGGGACAGAGGCUGAUUCAAGCCGGGCAGCGCAGGAGGCCUGAGCUGUGUGGACUCGGGAGAAGCCGCUGCCUGCUGGAACUGACCGAGCUCAGAGACUCACCAAAAGGAGUCUAGGAUGGGGUUUGCUGCUGUGCAGCACUGCGGAGGGAUGGCAUGUCCAAAGCCACGUGUCUUGGAGCUGAGUGCACCUGUUAUGUUGCACUGGGGCAGAAGGGGGAGAAAUGCUUUUUAUAUUAUUAUUGUUAUUGUUAUUGUUGUUGUUAUUUUUACAAUGACCGUUAUUUUGCAUUUUGAAAAUGAAAACAUUUUGUACUA